UCCGGUAUUAUUCAGCUGUUUGGAAGUCAGUCGUUUCACGAAGCUUGUGUACAGUAGCCUAUAGAUAAACGAUAAACGUUUACAGCAGCCUCGUCACACGACGCCGUGCUUUAAGCACAGGAAGGAACGAAAAAGAAUAAACGCGAAGGGGUUGAGGGGCUUUCCACCAUAUAGGAAAGACACGAACGGGGGGAAACAGUGGGCGAGAGGUGAGCACAAGAAUAAGAGACAGACAGAGAGGAAAUAUCGAGUUAAUUUGAAGGAGGGAGAUAAGCUGAGCUGAAUGUACGUGAACUUAAGGAGCUAAAAAACAAAACCAAACAAAACAGAACGGGUGAGGGGAGAGAUCAAGUAAGUAGCAUUUCAGGACAAACAUCAAGAUUUUUAAGGGGAAAAAAACUAAGAACAUUAAAAGAAAACAACAACGAAUUCUCUUCGCACCGAAACGAAAGGAUAAGUUAAAUGUGACGGAGCAGAGACAAAAACAACGACAUUGAGAAAAAAGCAAUCCAGCAAGAGAGGUGACGAUGGUUGAGUGCAACGCCACACAGGUUCUACAUAACGGUUCGUGCUGCACACGCUGUCAAAAAGGCCAUUACGUCCAAACUUUUUGUACCAAAAACUCCGCCACAAAGUGUAACGUCUGUCCACGUGGACAAUACACAGAGGCCGACAAUCUGUUGGACAAGUGUAGAUUAUGUAAACCGUGCAGUAAGGAGAACCGCCAGGUCAUUGAAUCACCAUGUGAAGCUGAUAGAAACACAGUUUGUCGCUGCCAACGAGGUUAUUACUGUGCAGACGAAGAGUGCCUUCACUGUACUCUCGUCAAAGACUGUGAAGUGGGCCAUGGAGUUCGAUCAAAACCUCAGUGGAAUAAAGAUACAGUCUGUGAACGCUGUCCGAAAGGAACCUACAGCAAUGUGACUGAUUCCACUUCUCCCUGCCUCAAAUUCACCAGCUGUGAGGAGUUGGGGAGACAUACGUUGUUUCCUGGGAAUUCCACCACUGAUGUGAAAUGUGGAGACUUUAUUCACUGUAAGCCCGGUUGUCAUUGGGCAUUACCUGCCGGUCUGUGGGCGGGGCUUGUUGUGACCUGCCUCCUCGUCGUCAUUGGCAUUAUCUGCUGGAAGCUUAAACGUCGGUCAAAAAAAUCAGAGGUGUGCAGUGAAUCCAUAUACACUCCAGACCUCCUGUACCAAGUGAACUGUGACUUGGGAGAAUGCUACAAAGACCCAUCACUCACCAAAACAGAUGAGACCAGAACGUCGACGAAAGACGAUGCGUGCACUUGUUUCGUGACGAAGUCUAUCCAUCCAGCGCCUGCUGAUUUCAACCAAGGAGCUGCAGCUAUCGAGAGCGACGGGCCCGUGACUGACCAAUCUUUCUACCCGUCACAGCCUCAGGAAGACGAGUGGACGUACUCCGACGACACAGAGACGCUUUAA